AUGAGUUCACCAAGUUCCAUAAUACCCGCAAGUAAACAACAUUUAGUUCCUACAUCUGGUACAUAUCCUACGGGAUUUAAGGUAACAGGUCUUCAUUGUGGCAUAAAGAAAAAUGGGAUAAAAGAUUUAGCAUUAAUAGUUUCCGAUAGACCAUGUACUGCCGCUUCAGUAUUUACCACCAAUGUAUUUAAAGCCGCCCCUGUUUUAUUAUCACGUGAAAUCUUGGAAAAGAAAUCAGGUCAAAACAUUUAUGCCUUAGUCACAAAUUCAGGAUGUGCUAAUGCAGUAACUGGUGUAAAAGGUGAUGAAAAUGCCAAAAAAAUGUCGGAUGAAGUGUCAAAAUUAGUUGGUGUAGAAUCAAGUACUUUAGUCAUGUCAACUGGAGUUAUUGGUCAACAUUUACAAAUUGAAAAGAUCUUACAAGGGAUAAAAUCUGGCUAUCAAAAAGCUACAAAAGGAACUCAUAAAGAAUGGAUAGAAGUAGCAGAAGCAUUCAUGACUACAGACACCUUUCCUAAACUUCGAUCCGGUAGAUUCGUUUUACCUUCUGGAUUAAGUUACAAUAUGGCGGGAAUUACUAAAGGUGCAGGAAUGAUUCAUCCUAAUAUGGCGACACUUUUAGCAGCAGUUGUAACCGAUGCACCAAUUUCUGCACCUGUACUAAAUGAAGCAUUAAAAUAUGCGGUUGAAAGAUCUUUUAACGCGAUCAGUGUAGAUGGAGAUAUGAGUACAAAUGACACUUUUGCUGUUUUGGCGAAUGGUGCAGCUACAAGUGAUCAGGGAAAAUUUAUUAAUGAUGUAAAAGGACAAGAUUAUUUAAAAUUUCGAGAUGAUCUUACAAAUUUUGCAGCAGAUUUGGCUAAAUUAGUUGUUAGAGAUGGUGAAGGCGCUACAAAAUUUGUUACUAUACAUGUUAAGGGUGCACCAACAUUUUCCGAUGCCAAAAAAGUGGCAUCCACAAUUUCAACAUCAGCACUCGUAAAAACAGCACUUUUUGGUCAAGAUGCAAAUUGGGUUUCAUUUAUACCAACUGAUGGAUCAACUCCUUUAAAAUUGCUUACUCAUGGUGAACCUGAAAAUGUUGAUGAGGAUAGAGCUUUGGAAAUUUUAAAACUGGAAGAACUGGAAAUUAGUGUAGACUUGGGUAUUGGUAAUGAGGAAGCUAAAAUGUGGACAUGUGAUUUUAGUUAUGAUUAUAUUAAAAUCAAUGCCGAAUAUAGAAGUUAA